CAGAGUAGAGAUCGGCUGGAGAGAUCCGUUGGUGAUCAGCUCAGAUCGGACUCGCUGCAAGAACAAACUACAGCUCAGUACGGGAAAUAUCCGCGCGCUUUCUUAUAAAUGUUGAUUAGUUUUAAUGCUCUGAUCACCUGUGGCUCUGCGGUUAAGUUAAUUAGUAUUGACGAUGGACGAGUUGCCGGACUUCAGAGAUGUGGAGAAUAAAGUGGGCCGUAAAGUUCCGGAGAGUCUGAUUCGAUCAUUCACAACCGGACCCACUGAGAUCAGAUCUACAGAAACACGCGUGAACUCUCACGAUCUACAAACUUUAAACAGCAAAAUCAUCUUCCUCAGACAGCAGAUGGCUCACCUCCGCGCUGUAGACGUUAAACUGAUGCAGCAGCUGCUGUCAAUCAACGAGGGCAUCGAGUCCAUCCGCUGGGUAAUGGAGGAGAGAGGGGGCGUGGCCAGCCGAGAGGGCAGCUUGACUGGCAGUUUGACGGGCAGUUUGUACAGCCUAUCGGACAGCCAGGACGCCUCCCAUCACGGGAGCUGCAGCGAUGAAUUGGAUGGUAUUUCAGUGGGCAGUUACCUGGAUGCGCUCGGUGAAGAGGAUCCUGAUCUUUCAUCGUCCUCCAACCUUUUUGACAGCUUCAAUGGGAAACCCGCUAUCGAAGAGGAGAUGUUCAAGAAAUCGACCGUCCGUCCUCGUGUAGAGACCGAUGAGUACUACUGUUUCGGAUAACGCUAGCCUGUGUUUGGAUGAUGGUUUAGCUUAUGACGUAGCUCAAAGAACUGGGAAACGUAAGGUUUGGUCAUCGAGUAACUCACGACUGAGGUUUGGAUAAUAAAAGAUACACGUAGACUGAAAUGACAUUCGAUUGGCAGACCGAGCUUGCAGAAGUUUUCUGUGUGCUCAAUGUAGCAUCAAAUAUUUCUUGUCAACACUAUUUGUCUUAGUUUGUUUUAGAAACAAACAUCUUUCAGGUGACCUCUAAGUUAAGAAUUUAGUUGAUAUUAGUUGAUGAUCAUAAAACUUACAGACAGUGA